AUGUUCGGUCGCGUUGGAGGACAGGCGCUUCGCUGCGCUGCUCGUCGUCCAAUUCUGCGUAGAAAAUUAUGUGAUCGCCGAUUCUCUGCGCAGACUGGUGCCAAUACCACUGCUGCGUCUGCUCCUUCGCCGCUCGGGGGAAUCACCGUUGAGCUGGAUCGCAUAGCGCCGCGAUUCGAGAUUCCGGCUUCUCAGAUUACAAUUCUAGAUUCUCCGGCCAAUUUCUAUUCAACUUUGAAGAACAAAAUCCGGAAUGCGAAGCGACGCAUUUACCUUUCCACAUUGUACAUUGGCAAGACCGAGCACGAGCUUAUCGAGACGAUAUCCCAUGCCCUGCGCGAUAAUCCAGAUCUCAAAGUAUCUAUCCUCACCGAUGCGCUGCGAGGGACCCGAGAAACCCCGAAUCCAUCCUGCGCUUCGUUGCUGUGUUCGCUGGUAUCAGAAUAUGGAUCGGAGCGGGUAGAGAUUCGGAUGUUCCAUACCCCCAAUUUGACUGGUCUGAAGAAGAAAUGGAUUCCUAAGCGGAUCAAUGAAGGCUGGGGCUUGCAGCAUAUGAAGCUGUACGGCGUUGAUGAUGAGAUCAUUAUCUCGGGCGCAAAUCUUUCCGAAGACUACUUUACGAAUCGAUUGGACCGAUAUCAUGUCUUCGACUCCAAGGCGCUGGCAGAUUAUUAUGCGCGUAUUCAUCAUGCGGUCUGCAGCUUGAGUUUCCAGGUCUUGCCAGAUCCUCAUAACCACUCCGGAUACCUUCUGGACUGGCCUACCUCCAACGGUGCUCCUUCACCCUUGGACGAUCCACAAGAUUUCAUCGCAUACGCUUCAAAUGUGCUCAGUCCCCUCAUUCAAGCAUCCGACAACAAGCCAGCUCUUUCCUCUUCCUCUUCAAGCCAAACUUUUGUAUACCCCGUGGCCCAGUUUACUCCUCUCCUGAAACCCGACACCUCCACCGAAUUUCCCGCAGUCACAAGCAUCUUGCGCCUCUUGUCUGAAGCGCCCACAUUUGCAGGAGCUCGCUGGCUCUUCACCGCCGGGUACUUCAACAUCCACCCUGAUCUAUCUUCCCUUUUGAUCUCUAGCACAUCUACUGCUUCUGAGAAGCCUUCCACGACACAGGGUACGGUUUUGACUGCUUCUCCCUGGGCCAAUGGAUUCUACGGCUCUCCGGGUGUAUCUGGCAUGCUCCCCGCUGCAUACACACAUCUAUCGGCGCGCUUCCUCGACCGUGUUGCCGCCGCUCAGGCCACCAACUCUAUUCAGCUAAAGGAGUGGCGCCGCGGUACCGUGGGCACGCCGGAUGGGUGGACAUACCAUGCCAAGGGUCUCUGGGUGACCUUACCGCGCGAGGAACACCCUAGCCUCACCUUCGUCGGUAGUAGCAACUACACAAAGCGAAGCUAUAGCCUGGAUCUCGAGGUCGGCGCCCUUGUCGUCACAAAUGAUCAGGACCUGAAGCAAAAGCUGGGCAAUGAGACUCAGUGGCUUCAAGAGGACUCCAAACAGAUUUCAAGAGAGGACUUGAUGCGCACUGAGAGGCGUGUUGGCUGGAACGUACGUCUUGCCAUGUGGAUUGUUGAGAAGGUUGGCGGAGCUCUAUGAUACCUACCAUGUAAUAAUAUGAUGUAUUUGUACGUGUAAUAUUAGGACUUGUGAUUUACUACAUCCGGUUAGUUAAGGCCUAAUUGGUGAUGCCAGGACAAAGUGGCCUAUUAAGUGUAUAUUAGUCAAGUCAAUUUCGAGAAAGAGAGUACAGGACCUCAUGUUCAAAGAUGGC